CCUGGCAACCCUAGAUAUCUGAUCAGUGUGUUGACCUGCUGAACGAAAGUGGAGUAAUGGAAAAAAUAAUGCUAUAAUAAAUAAUAAAUAUGUUACAGAGUACAUUUUUUUAAUUGGUAAACCUCUUUCAAAGGCAUUAAAGAAAGUGACACAGGCAGGAAAUCCAGACUGUGAGUUUAGAGUAUAGAGGUGAAAGCGGAGGAAGCUGUAGCACUGCACUGUGUCUGAGACAGGAAGUGGUCACUGAAUGAGGCAUCAUGGCAACUCGAAGAGUUUUGGUGACAGGAUGUUCCUCUGGGAUUGGACUGGCUGUGGCUGUGCGUCUCGCCAAGGAUGAAUUGCAAAGGUUUAAAGUCGUGGCCACGAUGAGGGAUGUGGAGAAGAGAGCAGCACUGGAGACAGCAGCGGGAGAGAUGCUGGGCAGGUCGCUGGAGAUCCAUCAGUUGGAUGUCUGCUGUGAGGACUCCAUCCGAGAGUGUGUGAACAGCCUGCCUGGCAGACGCCUCGACAUAUUGGUGAGUAAUGCUGGCAUGGGGAUGAUCGGGCCGCUGGAGUGCCAGAGCGUAAAGGGCAUGCAGGACGUCUUUAACACUAAUUUCUUCGGCUUGGUACGCCUGGUGAAGGAGGUGCUGCCCGACAUGAAGAGACGACAGAGUGGACAUAUUGUGGUGAUGAGCAGUGUGAUGGGCAUUCAGGGACUACUCUUCAAUGAUGUCUAUGCUGCUUCGAAAUUUGCCGUAGAGGGCUUGUGUGAGAGUCUCGCUGUGCAAGCUAUGACGUUUAACAUUAAGAUGACUUUGGUGGAGCCGGGGCCGGUGUUGACAGAGUUUGAGAGGAAGGUCUACGAGGACGCACAAAACAUGGACCUGUCCGGUACAGACGAUGAGACGGCCAGAAUUUUCCGUGAGAUUUACCUUCCUUACUCAGGAAAGGUGUUUUCCUCACUCGGCCAGAGGCCCGAGGAGGUGGCAGAGUUCGCACACAGGGAGUGUUAUCCAUGGUCAAACGUGUACAAGGCAGCAAAUAUUAGAGCUGAUUGUAUCAAAGGAUCCUCCGUUUCGUCACCAGACCAAUCGUCUGUACACGCCCAUGACCGCCAUGAAGCACGCAGACCCUACAGGACGCCUGCCUCUAGACGCCUUCUACAGGAUCAUCUUCCAGCACGACCGUCUGUUUAACGCCAGCCUCGGCUUCAUGCGCUUCUUACAGAAGAGGAUGACAAAGCCUAAAGUGUGAAAGGAGCGAAACAUCAUCCCAGCCACGACUUUUGAAUGAAUAUAGAAGUUAGGUCUAACUAGAUGGCCACGCAUGUGUGGGACUGUACAGAUUUAAUGAUGCUUUUAAAUCACGAAUGAGACGUAAUAAAACCUCUGGAGGCAUGCUGUUAUAGGAAAAUAAUCAGUGAUGAGGUGUUGUGAUGUGGCCCAUUGCGAAAGUCGAUUAUUUUCCUAUAACAGCAUGCUCCAAAGUGUUUUAUUCUUCUUAUAGCGCAGCAAUUUACCAACUAUUAAGUUCAUGAGCCGGAACAAACAAAAACACUGUAAGUGCAGAAGUGGGCGGGGCUGGUCAGAAUUCCUUCGGGAGUGGGCGGAAACGAGACGCCUCCCGUGUACUCCUACACCCUCAAGGAUGGUGAGGUAUGCAAAUCUUGAUUUGUUUUUUUUUUUAAAUGACAUGAUGAUGGUGACUGUCAACUAAUGUAAAAGUUAUUAUUUAGUUUUAUGUGUAAAAUAAUGGCAUUGACUAAUAAUCAAAUGACUUUUGUGUUACAGUGAAAGCAUGAGGAUUGCAGAUUUAAGUGAUUAUGUUAAAAAACUUUAAUUGUUGAUUUAUUUCUUUUAUUCACUUUAAUUA